AUGACCGGGCGACCGCCACCACCGCCACCGCCGCCCGGUCCACCACCCGGUCCACCUCCAGGUCCACCGCCUGCCCCUCCGCGGUCUGUGCCCAAGCCUGAUGCUGCGGACGUGAACGGAGUCCAAGGCAGCGCCCAGCCCAGCACGGUAUCGGACACGCAAGUCAACGACAAAAGGGCAUUUGCAUUGGAGAGAACCUCCCUGCUGCAGCAGCUCGAGAUCGACCGCAUCCUAAGCGCAUUCCGCUUGAAUCCCUACGACGUGCUCGAGGUGCCAAUCGAAGCGGACGACAAGGAGAUCAACCGCAUCUACCGCAGAAAGUCGCUCCUCAUCCAUCCAGACAAGGUCAAGCAUGACAGGGCAGUCGAAGCGUUUGACCUACUCAAAAAGGCCUCCAGCCAUCUUCUCGACGAGGACAAGCGCAAGCUGCUCGAUGAGACGGUCAUGGACGCACGUCUGAUGGUGCUCAAGCAGCUCGACCUGCCCUUUGCUACCGCCUACGACGACCCACGCCUCGCCAACCUCAGCCCGAGCUGGGACGAACGAGUCCGCCAGGCCACCAAGGAACUCAUGGUGGACGACGAGCUGCGCAGAAGAAAGGCGAUCCGCAUCCAGCAUCAGGCCGAGGGCGAGGCGCAGCGCAAAAAGGAGCAGGCCGUUGCCGAGCGCAAGCGCAAGGCAGAGCACGACGCCGCCUGGGAAUCGACACGCGACCAUCGCGUCGCCGACUGGAGAGCCUUCCAAAAGAACAGCAAGAAGAAGAAGAAGGCCGACGCAAACGUCCUCGGCUGA